CCCCGCCUUCCUGGACAUGGUGCGCAGCCUGCUGGAUGGAAACCUGGACUCCACUCAGUAUGAGGACACGCUGAGGUGAGAUGUUCACCAUCCACGCCUACAUCGGAUUCACCAUCGACAAGGUCAUCCACAACAUCAUCCGCCAGCUGCAGCACCUGGUGAGCGACGAGGUGUGUCUACAGGUGGUGGAUGUUUACCUGGCGGAGAGGAAAAGGGGGGCAGCGGGGGGGAACCUGUCCUCGCAGUGCGUUCGCUCAGCCUGGGAGACCAGCUACCAGUGGAAGGCUGAGAGAGUCAUGGCGGAGGAGAACUGCUUCAAGGUGAUGUUUCUCCAGAACACGGGUCAGGUGACGAUGACGGUCGAGCUGCUGGACACCGAGGAGGCUCAGGCCGACGACCCGUUAGACGUACAGUGCCUGUCGAGCUACAUGGAGCAGUUUGUAGGAACGGAGUCCAGUCUGUGCUCUCAUGAGGGAUACUUCUUCAAACCUGUGUUCCUGCCCAGGAAUCUGCGGCGUUUCCGGCGCUGGCAGGUGCGUCAGGUGGAGGCGAUGCGCUGCCGGAGGGAAUGGCACCGGCAGCUCGGAGUGGAGAACGCCGGCAGCCUGGACUGCCGCUUCAAACUCAACACUCACAAGAUGGUGUUCGUCAUGAACUCCGAGGACUACAUGUACCGCAGGGGGGCGCUGGUCAAGGCCCGCAAGUCGCAGCACAGAGUGGCAGCCAAUCAGCACGACCGCUUCGACAAGUGGCACCAGGGCUGGCUGGCCAAUCACGUGACGGCGCCGGCGGAUCGGGUCGUGCAGAACUGGCUUCUGGGAGAAGAGACGGACGACAUGAUCCCCUGCAAGACCACCUGCCUGCAGACCAAGCUGAAGGGCCAAGCUGUGAACAGAUACCAGGUUCAUUACAGCGGUAGCAAAGCCCCCGCCUCCCCGUAGACUCACACACACUCACUAACACACUUACACACACACACACACGUAAAUGCAUGGACGUACAGGACAUUCACACACUAAACAGACAGUUCUCUCUAAGAAAAUAACGGGACAAACACAGACAGUGAAGUAAUCACGGAGAGUGGACUCGGCCCUGUUUACGGCACGAGUCGGCACAAAAUGGCGACCUUCAUAAUCCUCCUCAUCGUCCGGCUUCUCUGGCGGCACUCAAAGUUGACGGACACACAGACGAGAAGUUAUGAAAUCAUGAAAUCAUUGAAAUUUGUUUCAGAAAAUGUGAAUGUCUGUUUCUUUUUUCUCCUUUUGUUUUGUUUUAUUUUUUUAAAGUCGUGUAGUUUUUAGCUUCUAAAGCCGGAGAGCCUUCUGUGUGUGGGUUGGUUGGUUAAUGCGUGUUUAUAUGGAGAGAUAAUGGUAAACGUGUGUAUGUGUGUGCUGCUCUCUUCCUCUGUCUGUUUGUAUGCCCAGUACAGGCUCUACAACUCUAGUAAUUGCAUUAUUACUGUACUGUAUGUGCAUAUAUAUAUAUAUAACAGGGAUCCUGUAUUUUUAUAUAUGCAUCUACACAUCUUAAGAUCACGUGGUUCUUUACAGUGUUUGCUGUCAGCCAACUCUUGAUGUUUUGCAUUCUUUUUGUUUUCCUUUUUUGUGUUGUAGCUAAACAAGUUAUCACCAAGGCAACAAGGAGUCCUUAAAAUGAUUGGUUUAAUAUGGACGACGCAGUCAAAUUAUGUAUCAUGUUCAUGAUACUCAAUGUUUACUUUGUAUUGUCUUUUUUUUGCAUACUGACAUUGAAAAUAAAAGCAAAAUAUCAGUGUUAAAAUAGAAUGUAUAACAUUUAUCCUGUAUCAGUUAUCAUGAAAUAAACAACCUGGUUGUGACCUUCUUAGACGUCGA